AUGGAUAUCCACUGCUGGCUGCUUGACUGGCUUUCAUGCCGUGACAAGGAAGGGUCACAACUGUUUUGUACCAUUCUUUGGAAGUUGUGGUAUGCUAGAAACCAGGCUGUCUUCAAAGGAAUUGCCCCUGAUCCUGUUACCUUAGCCCAAACUGCGGUUCAGUUUAUCCAGGAAUUUAACGCAGCAAAUGCCAAGCAACGACCCCAUCCAAUCUACCACAGGAGGGAACCUACUACCACGGACCAGAUUGCAGAACAUCAUUUAUUUGUGGACGCAGGGUGUUUCUCCAAUGGACAUACAGGUUGGGGAUUGAUUAUGAAAGACCUUUCCGGACAAAUCACUCUCAGCAAGAGCAAGCUGGAAGCAGUGGAGGUUGAUCCGUGUCUGGCUGAGGCUAUGGGAGUCAGAUGGGCGCUGCAAGAGGCAGUAGGUUUAAGUAUCCAGAGUCUGAAACUGUCAAGUGAUGCCCUUAGUGUUGUGAAUUGUGUUAAUAAAGCCAGUACAGUUGCUUCUAUUACACCUAUUAUUGUUGAUUGCUGGAAUUUAAUUGAACAAAUCCCAUUUGUAAUGGUUACUCAUGUUAGUAGAGAGCUCAAUGUUGAAGCUCAUAAUUUAGCCGCUUUGGCAAAGUCUGUUGGAACUAGAUGCUGGCAGGGGAAUGCCCCUCCAUGCCUUUUCUCUUCUCCUUUUUGUAAUCCUGUUGUAAGCCGCGUUCAGGCUCCUCUGUUUGAUUAA